AUGAACAAACAGUUACCUGAAAGCAAGAUGACCCUGGAAUAUAGGAAUGUCUGCAUCCUGCUGCCCAACCGAGAUCAACUCAGGUUAAGCAUUGGGGUGAAAGCUACAGGAAGAGAGCUUUUCCAGCAGGUGUGUGGCUUGUUGAGCAUUAAAGAACCCCACUUCUUUGGCCUGAGUGUUGUUCGAACUCUACAAUUAAAAUUCCCAAUGUGCCACAUUAUACCAGAUGAUUCAACAGCAUUGACAACUGUUUUUGUUAACUUUGCAGACAAUGAAUACAUAUUUAUGGACCUAGAGCAAAAGCUCAGCAAAUACUUUCUGAAGGACUGGAAGAAAGAGAUAUAUAAAGGAAAUGAGAAGUCCAACCCUCCUUUUGUUGCCUUCUUCAGAGUGCAAUACUAUGUGGAAAAUGGGAGAAUUAUUAGUGACAAGGUCGCAAGACGUCUCUAUUACCACCACCUCAAGGAACAGGUGCUGAGGUCCCAGUGCACCCACAAGGAGGAAGUCUACUUCCUAUUGGCUGCCUAUGGGCUUCAAGCAGACUUGGGCAACUAUAGAGAGACUGCCCAUGUGGGGAAAUAUUUUGAACCUCAUUCCUACUUUCCUCAAUGGAUUAUCACAAAGAGAGGGAGAGACUACAUCCUAAAACAUGCUCCAGAGAUUCACCGAGAGCAGCAGGGGCUGACUACCAAAGAAGCUGUGCUAAAGUUCAUCAAGGAGUCCUGUCUACUGGAAGAUGUUCCUGUUCACUUUUUCAAGUUACAAAAGGAUAAGAAGGAAGAUCGGCCAACAAUUGUCCUGGGUCUCACCCUAAAAGGAAUGCACAUUUAUCAGGAGGUAAACCAUUCCCGGCAGCUGCUCUAUGACUUCCCCUGGGCACAUGUUGGAAAGCUGGCAUUUCUUGGCAAAAAAUUUGAGAUCCAACCAGAUGGUUUGCCUUCUGCUCGAAAACUGGUCUACUACACCGGUUGUCCAUUCCGCUCUCGGCACUUGCUACAGUUACUCAGUAACAGUCAUCGACUCUACCUGAAUGUCCAGCCAGUACUGAAACAGAUCCGACAACUGGAGGAAGUAGAAGAGAAGAAGCGUUAUCGGGAGUCCUACAUCAGUGACACCCUGGAGAUGGACCUUGACCAGUCAGACAAGCACUCUCAUGGGAGUGGAAGCAGCAGAGGCAGUCGGAACCACCACAGGCUCUCCCAUCGCUCAACAGAUAGUCAUGGCAGCUCGCAUACAUCUGGCAUUGAGGCUGACUCGAGACACCGUGUAUCUGUGGAGAUGUCUGUGGAUGAACCCUUUGGCGUGGAGCUGGGCCAUGGUAAAGAGAAGUCCUGCAGGUCCACCACCAGCCACAGCAGCUCUGGCAUAGAUAGCAGCAGUAAAGGGAGAACUGAGGAUGAGGUGGAGGUGAUGGUAGAUGGACCAGAGGAAGUGACAGUAGAUGAUCCAAUGGGGAAUAACAGAUUGGAGAAGGCAGUGGAAGAAGUAUCAAUGAAUCCACUGACUCUUGGCUUACAUGGCUGCAAAGACUCUCACCAGGAACCCUUUGCUGUGGUGCAGAUAACACUGGUCAAGAUGCGGGGGCAGAGUGUUGAAGCCCUUAACCAGCUCAGAGAGAUCAAAGCCAGGGAGUGCUCAGAUCAGCACAGCCAAAGCCUGGAUGACAUCCGCCUGUACCAGCAGCAACAUCCACCCCCAAGCACCAAUCUUUCUUCUCCCACAUCUCAUAGCUACACUUUUGGCUGCGCCCUAGAAGACAAACUGGCUACUUAUGGCUGUGUAUACUCUACGGCCGAUUGUAUGACCAAGUCUGCCCUCUAUGGGAAGAGAUCUAUGAACUGUCUCUCCCUGGAUCUUCUGGGAGAAGACCAGGUCCCAGAAGAAUUUGUGGUGUAGGCUAAGUUGCCACAAUUUGGAGGUGGUUUGUGGCAUGGUAGCCUAUGAGAGA